UCGAUCAAGUUAUCAACGUAACGCACACCAUUUAAUGUGAGGAAAAGUGUAGUUGUCAACGCAAUGAAAGUAAGAAAAAGUAUCACAGCCGUUUAGACUUUAGAAACUGAGCUUCAACCGGGAAGUAAGAAGGGCUUCUCAUUUUUCACCUUUGCAGUGUGAUAAUUUAUAUCGUUAUCGCUGCAUGCCUCGUGAUUGUCGUCUGCUCAAAAUAGUUGGGUCUUGAUUCAAUUUUUGUCUUGUUUUCUAGUUAAAAAAUGUACCGUUAUUCCUUACGCAAAGUGUUGAGUCAACGUAAACCCAUUGUAAUUCCAUGCGAUGAGACUUUUUCUACGUGUAAUUGCUUAAAUCAACGUGUGUGCAGUUCGUUAUCGGAAGCAAAUAAAAAUGUGAAGAUAAAUGAAAAUGUUAAACCAAACUGGAUUCCUUUUAGCCAAGCAAAGCAGGGAGAAUUUUAUCAGCAGAAACCAAAGCUAGAUAACCCUUUUCUUUCAGAUUUGCCAUUACGACGAUUUUUGGAUUAUCAUGUACCUUCUGAGGUAAAGAAUGAAAUCAGUAAAGAUCUUGAAAACUUUGGCUCAAGGAUUGUACAUGAAAUCGACAAUCUUGGUUGGGAAUGUGAGCUAAAUUUACCAUAUUUACGUACCCAAGACGCUUGGGGUGUCCGUGUGGAUGAAUUAAUAACUUGCAGUGCUUGGCAGAAGCAACGUGAUAUUAGUGCAGAAGAAGGUCUGAUUGCUAUUGCUUAUAAACGUGAACUUCAUUACUGGAGUCGACUGCAUCAAAUAUGUAAAUUAUAUUUGUAUUCGCCAUCAUCUGGCUUGUAUUCCUGUCCAGUGGCUAUGACUGAUGGAGCUGCUAAAACUAUCGAAUCCCUUAGUGAAAAGAGGGAGUUAUUCCAAAAGGCAUAUAACUACCUAACAUGCAGAGAUCCUACUAAAUUUUGGACUUCUGGACAAUGGAUGACUGAGCGAAGAGGUGGAUCAGACGUUGCUAAUGGAACUGAAACUAUCGCUAUUCAAGAUAAAGAUGAGGACUUCUUCCACUUGUAUGGAUAUAAAUGGUUUACUUCUGCUGCAGAUUCAAAUAUGGCGCUUACAUUAGCUAGACAGCAUCCAAGUGAAACAAGCAUUGAGGGUAAAAAGGGAUUGACACUCUUUUACUUAGAAACCCGAAAUGAAGAUGGAAAGUUAAACAAUAUGCAACUGGUAAGGCUGAAAAACAAAUUAGGAACAAGACAACUACCAACAGCUGAAAUACUCUUGGACGGCUCCAUUGCGUAUAAAAUGUCUGAAACAGGGGCUGGUAUUUCUGUUAUAUCUCAUAUGUUGAAUAUAACGCGUCUGCAUAAUGCAGUGUCAGCUAUUUCUUAUAUGCGAAGGUAAGAAUAAAUUUAGACAUAUUUGUAUUUUUUAUCAUCCAAUAUAUAUUAUUUCUAUAGUAUAAAUCUCUCUUAGUUAAUAUCUACGCAAAGAAGUUUCAAGAAAAGGACGCCGUUAGAAAGAUAUUUGCAUUGCUUAGAAAUCAAUAAGAAUCUUUAAAAAGAUUUCACAGUUUAAUAGUUAUAUAUUGAAUUUUAAUUAUGUGAACACUUAAUAUAUGCAGAUUUGAUAUUUAAAUAUACAUACCUUUAUUUGUAUCUGAAAAAAAGUUAUAUAUAUAUAUAUAUAUAUAUAUAUAAUGAAUAAGUACAAAGUAAAUAACAGUUCAAGCCUAAUCCAUAUGCAUGUUGAAAGGUGCAACAAAAGAAGUAUCUAUACCAACCUGUUCCCUAACCAAUAGAAACACGAAUUAAAAUUUAAUACUGCAAAUAAUCUCAGAAAAUAAAUCAAAGUAAUUUGUGUCUUUAUUAGUCCAACCUCUACAGACCGUAGUAAGUGGUGCAAAAAAUUGCAAAAUUAUAACAUCAAAAUCAUAAA